AGCAGGCAGAAUAAGCGUUAGCUCCCGCACAAUGACUUCUCGACCUUCUCCUCUCUCCUCAUCCUCAUCCUCCAAAACAAACUUGUUUGUUCAAGGCUGAUGGCUCACAGACUUCAUAUUUUUCCAUAAACUGGCAUCGGACAUAAGGACCACCACCAAAGUCUCUCUGUAAGAUGGAAAACUCAUCCAGAACUGACAUGUUUCAUUCCAAAAUAUCGAAAGAGAAUGACUUGCUCUUGGGAGCUGUCUACACCAUCUUUGGUGUGCUGUCUCUGAUGGGAAACACCACUCUGUUGUUUGUAGCCUAUCGUAAGAAGUUGUCUCUAAAGCCUGCCGAGUUUUUUAUCAUCAACCUCUCCAUCAGUGACCUGGGCAUGACCAUCUCCCUCUUUCCCUUCGCUAUUCCCUCUGCUUUUGCUCACAGGUGGUUGUUCACGGAGAUGAUGUGUAUGGGUUAUGCCUUCUGUGGAGUUUUGUUUGGUAUCUGCAGCCUCAGUAACCUGACCGUAUUGUCUUGUGUGUGCUGGCUCAAAGUCUGCUGCCCCAACUACGGUAAUAAGUUCUCCUCGUCCCACGCGCGUCUGCUGGUGGUUGGGGUGUGGUGUUACGCUGCAGUGUUUGCAGUAGGUCCGCUCUCAGGCUGGGGUCAGUACGGCUCAGAGCCUUACGGCACCGCCUGCUGCAUCGACUGGCACGCGCCCAGCUACAACACACCUGCCAUGAUCUACAUCGUCUGCCUCUUCUUCUUCUGCUACAUCGUCCCCUGCACCAUCAUCAUCCUCUCCUACACGCUCAUCCUGGUGACAGUCCGGGGGGCCCAGCAUGCAGUGCAGCAGCACGUCUCUCCUCAGAACAAAAUCUCCAACGUGCAGACACUUCUCGUCAAGCUGUCAGUGGCAGUAUGUAUUGGAUUUCUGAUGGCGUGGAGUCCGUACGCUGUAGUAUCCAUGUGGGCAGCCUUUAAUGAACCAGACUUGGUACCUCCAAUAGCAUUUGCCUUGGCGGCCAUGUUUGCCAAGUCAUCCACCCUCUACAAUCCGAUGGUCUACCUCGUCUUUAAGCCCAGCUUCCGAAAAUCCCUGUGCCGGGACGCCACACGAUGCAAGAGAACACUCUGUCCCUGCAUAUGCCAGACAGACAGCCAACAAAAAAGCACAACAAGCCUUUCAAAACCGAACACAAAGGAUAAGUGUAACCUCACGUGGGACUCUAAUGGACUGAAUGAGAGCCACCAGUCAUGCAGAGAUCGUCCAGAAGGACAAACAGGGCAUUACCUGGACAUCACACCCCAAAGGACAGCACGCAUCCUCGUCGGCUCCACUCACAGUGAGGUGGCAGUCAGCCAACUCUCCAACGAAAUCAACAGCGACUUCCUUUAGACGAUGAGAAACUGAUCGUAGCAAAAACGAAAAAUGGUGUUGAUAAAUUUGCCUUAAAGUCUCAAACGAACUAGUAUUCCGUUUGCAAGAGGAUAUUACGCCACUUGACUUGUUAAUUAAGCAAAAAAGACUUUUUGGCUACCUGGUAACUCACAAUACCAAGAAACAUUUGAUUUGGUGGCAAAAUUACAUGGCAAACUUGGACUUGACAUGCCACUCUCAAAUAAUGGUUCAUCCCAAAUGAAAAAAUCUGUCGUUAUGUGUUCUUUCUCAUUCCUUCCAAACCUGUAUGCAUGAGUUUACAAUUAUUUAUCAAUGACGCACAAAAAUCCUUAA